GAAAGAGGCUGAACCAGGUUUGUUCAGGUGACAGGAGACUCGGUAAAAGACGAGUGGCGCAGGGAAGAAUAAAGACAAGGGACAGAAAACUACAUUAAUAAACCAAAAGAAGAAGAGGAACGGGACAUACGAUUCACGUUAAUUAAAGGAACGUUCAUUCAAAAUGGCUAAAAUGAGGCGCUACUCAGACGUGAUGACACUGCCGGACUCCUUCAUCCAGCACCAGCAGCUGGACGCCAGCAUGGCUGACACCUUCCUGGAACAUCUCUGUCUGCUGGACAUCGACCAGGAGCCGAACACAGCGCGCAACACCAGCAUAAUCUGCACCAUAGGACCUGCGUCUCGAUCGGUCCCCAAACUCCAAGAGAUGAUCAAGGCUGGGAUGAAUAUCGCUCGUCUUAAUUUCUCUCACGGCUCACAUGAAUACCACGGUGAAACCAUCAAAAACAUCAGAGAGGCGGUGGAGACAGUAACAUCUGACCCCUUGUAUUAUCGACCUGUUGCCAUCGCGUUGGACACGAAGGGUCCGGAGAUCCGCACCGGAUUAGUGAAAGGGAAAGUGGAAGAGGAGGUGGAACUGAAGAAGGGCAGCCGUGUGCGUGUGGUGACAGCAGAGAGUGACAAAGACAAGACAGACGGCAAGUUCAUCUGGGUGGACUAUCCCAGCCUGCCUCAAGUCCUCAACAAGGGAGGAAAGAUCUACGUUGACGAUGGCCUAAUUGGGCUCAAAGUGCUGGAAACUGGCCCCGACUGGGUGGACACGGUGGUGGAAGCAGGUGGACUUCUCUGCAGUCGUAAGGGGGUUAAUCUCCCCGGCUGUGACCUGAUUGGCUUGCAGGCCGUCAGCGAGCGGGACGAGGCUGACCUGAGGUUCGGGGUGGCUCAGGGCGUGGACAUGGUGUUUGCCAGCUUCAUCCGCUCGGCCCAGGACGUCAAGGAUGUGCGCCGGGCUCUGGGGGCGCACGGACGAGACAUCAAAGUGAUCAGCAAAGUGGAGAGUCGACAAGGCGUCCAGAAUUUUGAAGAGAUCCUGGCUGAGAGCGAUGGUGUGAUGGUUGCCAGGGGUGACCUGGGGAUAGAGAUCCCCGCGGAGAAAGUCUUCAUCGCCCAGAAGAUGAUGAUAGGGCGCUGCAAUUCUGCCGGGAAGCCCGUCAUCUGCGCCACACAGAUGCUUGAGAGCAUGGUGGCCCACCCACGGCCAACAAGAGCGGAGGGCAGUGAUGUUGCCAACGCCGUGCUGGAUGGAGCAGACUGUGUAAUGUUGUCUGGGGAAACUGCCAAGGGACUGUUUCCUGUGGAGGCAGUUGCCAUGAUGCACUCGAUCUGCAGGGAGGCGGAGGCGGCCAUCUUCCACCAGCAGCUGUUCGAGGAGUUGCGUCGCCUCACUCCUCUGUCCUCUGACCCCACCGAGGUCACGGCCAUCGGCGCCGUUGAGUCCUCCUUCAAAUGCUGUGCGGGGGCCAUCAUAGUCCUCACCACCAGCGGCAGAUCAGCACACUACCUGUCCAGGUACCGCCCUCGCUGCCCUAUCAUUGCGGUCACCAGAAGCCCACAGGUGGCCCGUCAGUCCCAGCUGUUAAGAGGUGUGUUUCCUGUCCUCUUCCACCCUCUGCCUGCUCCGGUCUGGGCCGAUGAUGUGGACAACAGGGUCAAUUUUGGCAUGGACAUAGGGAAAGCCAGAGGAUUCUUCAAGUCAGGCGACAUGGUGAUCGUGGUGACGGGCUGGAUCCCAGGCUCCGGUCACACCAAUAUUAUGAGAGCGGUGAACGCACCCUAACACGGCAAACCUUUCUGGACUCUAAACGUGGCAGUCUUUUAAAUCUUAUCAUGGAUAAAUGUGUGAUAAACUAACGAGUCUUAUUUAAACUCAAGGGAAAGACUUACUCCUGGAACUGGUAACAUGAAUGUUGGAUUUGUGUUUAUUAAAAAAAAAGAAACUGUAACUUCUCUCAAAUAAAACUUGAACCAUAAAUGCA